AUGUAAGCAACAGUCAAAAAUUAGUAAAAACCCAAAAGCUAAAUUGAAAGCUUUAAGUAUUCUUUUGCAGCAUUUUGCUCUACCUUUUGCGUUUAGAUUUUGCACCCAUUUGACUUAAUUAAGACAAGAUUUUAGAGCCAUGAUGGAAUGAAAGGUGGAAAUAAUAUAGUUCCUUAGUACAAAAAUAUAAGAAAUGCCUUUUAGACUAUAUACAGUCAAGAAGGUGUAAGAGGAUUAUAUAAAGGAUUUGGAUGGACUUUAUUUGCUCAGUCUGUUUCAAGAGUUCUCUUUUUCACAUUAUAUGAAAAGAGCAGAGAUUUCUAUGAGAAGAUUUUAUAGCAUCAAAGCAAAGAAUUUCAAAUCUUUGUGGCUUCUACACAGAGUGGAGUUAUUGCAACAUUUAUCACAACUCCUAUGUGGAUAUUGAAAACAAGAAUGCUUUUGAACACCAAAUAAAAUAUAUCUGGGUAUUAGAAUCUUAACAGCGCUAUAUUAUCAAUUUACAAUGAACACGGUAUUCUAGGUUUCUGGAGAGGUUUAAGUGUUUCACUUCCUUUGUGUUUCCAUGGCACAAUUUAAAUGUCAGUAUUUGAGAAGGUUAUGCAAAUCACUCGACCUAUUGCCUAAGACGACACAUAUAAUAUUCGACCCGCUUUCGCGGGAUUUUUCAGUAAAUUAUGUGCUAUUUUAGCUACAUAUCCGUUGUAAACCCUGAGAACUAGAAUAUAGUAGAAUCAAUAUAUUCAUACUAGUGAUGGACACUUAAAGUCUCCUAAAUAUAAAAAUGUAAGAGAUGUAGUCUACAAAUUGUAUUAAAAAGAAGGUAUAUUAAGUUUAUAUAAGGGCGUUAAACCUUCUCUAAUUAUGAAUUUACCUUCUAACUCAAUUUACUUCUUCUGCUAUGAAUUUUUCAAAAAAGCUUUAAAUAUUUCAAGAGAUCAAAAAGAAAUCAAAAAUCAAAAACACUGA